AUGAACAGUCCAGUGCUCUCGUUAGCUUGGGAUCCCAGGAGGCGUGGUGCGCUCGUGUUUGGCUGUGAGGAUGGUGUAGCAGGUUUUAUAAAUGAUUUUAAGAGUAAGGCUGGCAGUCAAAAGAUCCUCUUUGGUACAGAGGCUCCGGUAUAUUGUCUCGCAUUCGAUGCUUCCCAUGGCACCCUCGCUGCCGGAGUAGGUCCUGAAGUGCAUAUUGCUCGAGAUAUAUCGCACGAAAGAUACGCUACUUACAAUCUUCUCCCAAAGCCGGGAAAAUUCAACGAAGAACGUAGUGACAACCGAAUCAGGCCACGUUGCUGGGAUGUCGAUAGUCAUGCGCGCCUUUGGCAGAUUGAACCUGAACACGACCACGGUUACAUUGCACGAGUACCUCCCGUAAAUAGCGGUUUUUCAGCAUUGUCGCCCAACUGUCGGACUUUAUUGCUGUCAAAUCUUUCAGGAGCAAUCGAACUUUACCCUCUGGGACAAUCCAAGUUAAAGCAAUCUUUCAAAUAUGUUUCUGACGCUACUAGGAAUGUACCGCUUGAAGUUGCGUUUACCCACAAUGGUCAAGUCGUCCUAUCUGGUGCCCCCCGUGGAAACGUACCCCUUUGGGAAACUAAGACGGGAGACCUUAUUCAAACUCUCACUCAUGAAGAUGACUUGAUUCAGAUUAUUUGUGCUAAACAAUAUCGGACCACUGGUUACAUUGCUGCCGCUGCCGCUGAAAAAAGCGAGUCAACUUACAUCAGAAUAUGGAAAGCACAGCUCACUUCGGAUGCCCGGGAGUCAUUGCUUGAUUCAUUGACAAGCACAUGGAAAUUCUACAUCUAUGCCAAUGUCGAGGAAAAUGUUCGAGAGCUCCAGUUUUAUAUCUUGGGAGGUAUUGCUCUCAUCGUGGCCACGUAUGCGUUCUAUCGCGACAGCACCUCUAUGGAAGUGAAAUUACAACUGCUACGGAUGACCACCGUCGCUUUCUUUAAAUAUUUGAUGGAAUUUAUUUCGGUGUUAUGGGCAUACACAAAGGAACUGUUACGAAGCGGUCUGAGGGAGUUUUUAGAGCUAGAAGUAGCACAUGAGUAG